AAAAACGAAAAAGAAAUAUUUUUUUUAAAAAAAAAUAAAUUUUUUAUAGCAAAUUAACCUUUAUAAAAGCGAAAGUUAACUUUUUUAAAUAAAAAAUUUGAAUAAUGAGCGAACAAUUUCAAGAAACAAUCGCAAUCUCUAGCCCAGAUUCACUUCCGAUCGAUAUUAACGAAUUAACCCAACAAUACUUGACAUCAUCAGCUAAUCACAUGAUUGGUAAUGAGAUUAGUUUGCCAUUUCCUCCAACAAUUGAACCAAAAGACUUAAUUGUUAACAAGAAAUUUCCCCAACCAAAUGGUAAACAAUCUCGAGCACCGAAUGCUUUUAUUAUUUAUCGUAAAGCAUUUGUUAAAGCAGCACGAGAACAAGGAUAUAUUUUGCCAAUGACUGCAAUCUCAUCAAUGGCUUCCGCACGUUGGGAACGAGAAAAUGAAAUGGUUAAAGAAGAAUAUAAAAAAAUUGCUAAAGAUGCUCAUAAAUUAGUCAAAGAAAUGUUUCCAAAGAAAACAAAUCAAAGAAAACGAAAAGAAAAAUGGAAUCUUGUUUCUUUUCAUGAUAAAUCAUCAAACAAUGUAAAUAAAAUUAAUUCACCCGAAAAUAAACCAUACGAAAUUAUUUCUGCGCAAGAAUCACAAGAAUCAACAGCGAUAAUAGCUCCUCCAAUUACAACUCCGAUAUCAUCAUCUUCUUCGCCAAAUUUAUCAGAAUCUGAUAGUAAUACUUCAGAAAAAAGUUUUGUAUUUCAACCACAACAAUUUAUUGAUAACAAUAUUGAUGGCGUUCAAAUAACUGACAAUUAUUUAGUUGACUCAUAUUUACCCAUUCAUUUUCAAGAAUAUCUUAAUUCCAAUUUUUAUCUUCCAAAAGAAGAUUAUCAAAACGGAAAUAAUUUUUUGUUAACAAAUUGGUUAAAUCAAUCGGAAAAUUAUACAUUAGAACCAAAUGAAUUAGAAUUUUUUGACACUACAUUUAUGGACGAUUUUAAAAAUAAUUCUCAUUCUUCUUUAAAUAUGACAUUAUCUGAAGCUAUGGGAAUUUCGGAGGAUUUUAAUUUGGAUUUUUAAUCAUCAUUUUUUUUUUAGAUUUUUUUUUUUUUUUAUUAUUAUUUUUAUUAUUUUAAAUAGACAAAGUUGGCAUUUUUUUCUGCAUUU